ACGACGAGCGUACCUUGAGCUUACCAUGGUGAGUCGACUGUUGCCAGCUGUGUCACGACCUCCGACAGCACGCGCACUCCGCCGCCUCUACACCCGGUGCUGAUCCGUGACAUUUGAUUCCGGAAUGUGUGAGAGAUAAAUCUGCGUGCGUGCCGCAGUGGAAAUGAGCGACGGCUCCGACAUGACAGGGCCGGCGGGAGCCCGCCAGAGGAGGGCGACCAUACCCGGCUUGAAGCAGCAAACCAACGGCAGCAAGCCCAACAGUGCUGCUCCGAAACCGCCGCACUGUGCCGUGAAACAGAAAGUAGAUGACGUUCCCAAAUGCGAUAUUCGCAAUGAGAAAGAGGCCAAGGACGCCGGAAUAAUGAAGCACCCAAAGCAGAGCACCAGGAGAAAGCAGAAGAACGUGAAGGAUGAGGGGAGCGAGGACCUAAGCUGCCAUGUCCUGCAGGAGUCUCUCCUCAGCUCUGCAAGUGGAUACAGUAACUACAGAGGAAUCCUUAACUGGUGUGUUGUUAUGCUGGUGCUGAGCAAUGCACGCCUAUUUUUGGAGAACAUCAUAAAGUACGGCAUUCUGGUCGACCCUAUCCAAGUAGUGUCUCUAUUUCUGAAAGACCCGUACAGCUGGCCGUCUGCCUGCCUCAUUAUUGUGUCAAAUGUGUUCAUCUUAAUAACUUUGUACACAGAGAGACGACUCUCGAUGGGCUCCAUUCCAGAAUCCACGGGACUGAUUCUUAACGUUUUUAAUCUGUUGGCGGUGCUGGUUUUUCCUUCUGUGACUGUGCUGACUCUGUCUUCAAUAACUCCAGUGGGAAGUGUCAUCUCUUUAGGGAUCUACACAGUUCUGUUUCUUAAGCUGUAUUCGUACCAAGAUACCAACAAGAUGCUUCGAGAGCUCCGACAUGCAAAAGCCAAAAAACUGACCCGAUCAAACUCAUGUCCCUCUGUUGCUCAGCCAAAUGGUUCAGCAAGUCACAUGAACGUCUCUUACCCUGGAAAUCUCACCCACAGAGACAUGUACUACUUCAUCUUCGCCCCGACUCUCUGCUACCAGCUCAACUUUCCACGGUCUCCCAGAAUCCGCAAGAGGUUUCUGAUGAGGAGGCUUUUCGAAAUGGUCUUCUUGAUGCAGCUUUUAGUGGGUUUAAUACAGCAGUGGAUGGUGCCAACCAUCCAGAACUCCAUGAAACCGUUUCAGCAAAUGGAUUUUUCAAGGAUGGUGGAGCGUCUUCUGAAGCUUGCUGUCCCAAACCAUCUGAUCUGGUUGAUUUUCUUCUACUGGUUCUUCCACUCCACAAUGAACUUUAUUGCGGAGCUGUUGCAAUUUGGAGACCGGGAGUUCUACCGAGACUGGUGGAACUCUGAAACUGUGACGUAUUUUUGGGCAAACUGGAACAUCCCAGUGCAUAAAUGGUGCCUCAGACACUUUUAUAGACCAAUGCUCAAGAAAGGAAUCAACAAAUUUUGGGCUCAAUGUGCUGUCUUCUUUUUGUCUGCUUUCUUCCACGAGUAUUUGGUCAGUGUUCCUCUGCGGAUGUUCAGACUCUGGGCCUUCAUGGGUAUGAUGCUGCAGGUUCCCCUGGCCUGGUUCGUGAGUCGCUACUUGUACGGUAACUACGGCAACGCUAUGGUGUGGAUGUCGCUCAUCAUCGGCCAGCCAGUCGCUGUGUUGAUGUACGUCCAUGACUACUAUGUUAUUCACUAUGGUACGGCCACCGGACACUCCUGACCACAUGCUGGAGAAUGUUGAAAAUGACUUGUUUUAGACUCUCACACACCAGUAACAAUCUUUGAGGCUUGCAACAUUGUGCUAUUCAUCACCAAAGUUGGUUUUGUGUCCAAGUUUGGGAAGCUCAGUGCAAGAUUAAAAAAAAUUGGCUAAAUGCGCAAUAGUACCCGCAUUGUAUACCAUGAUGGAUAUUUUUUUAAUAUUAAGGAGAUGUUUGUACAAAACAUUAUAAGUAAUGAAUGGAGGGUGGAAAAAAACGAGCUCAGUACUGCCACCUUUGUGAAGCAAAAAUGUCGUGUUCAUUUUUAGUGAAAGUAUAUGAAGGAUUUAUGUGUUAAAUGUAUCAAAGCAUCAUAUCUGUUGAGUUAAGGAUGAGGUUUGUACAGUACAAUACACAUACUGUAUCACGUUUUCCUAUGUCACCUUUGUACUCUGAUGUCUCCGGCCUGCUCGCUGAACUUAUUGGCUCAUAGGACGAUAACAUUGUCUUUAUGUCGUUCAACAUAAGUAAAGGGUUCCUUUAUUUUUGCACAAUAUGCUGUCAUUUCAGUGCUAUAGUUAAGUAUAGUAAAGUACUAACAUAUAAUGAUUAUGAAGUCUGAGCCAUCUAUAUUUUAUGGGCCUACGCUAAGGUGUAGUGAUUAAAUGGCAAUACAAAUAGACAAAAUGGAAUAAUUCCAUGUGAAUAUACAAAGAUUAUUGGUUUAAUUUUUUUCACUGUUGUUGUUGUUGCCCACUGUGUUAUUAUUAUAUAUGACAUACAAUUCAAGAUAAAAUAUAGACUUUCGGUCUAUGUCAGACGGUCUUUUUAUCCUGAAAUUAUUGCUGACCAGAGUGAGGUGUUUGCUCUGAUGACAAAGUGCAAUUAUGGAUUGUGAGAUAUUUGCAUUUGAACAAGGAUGUGGGUGUAGCAUUCCAUUUCAAUUAUGCAUUAAGAAUUGGCAAUCGCUUGAGUUGCUUUUUGAAAUCCUUGUUGAUUCAAGGCUGAACCAAUGAAUGUACUUGCUCUUGGAUGCAUGAUGUUAA